AUGGAGCUGCAAAACCGCAUUCACGACACUGAGACAUCACAGACAGUGAGAGUUAUUGUGGAAGACGACAAAUACCAAGUAUACAAUAUGGCAGUCAGUACAUACUUGAAUGAUACCAAAGAGGGUGAAGGCAAAGCUACCAGCACCGAUUUAAUUGCACUUCCCAUCAAAGGCGCAAUUUCAUAUAUUCAACAUCGAUUGCAGCAGUUAGGUAUAGCGAAGGCAUACGUUGUUCCAAUGAGAUUGGGGCUCGUGUAUGUAGGUGUCCCUGCGGAUGACGUUGAAACCGUCACGCAGGCCUUCCCCGGAUUCGAAGAUCUCAAUGACAAUGAUCCUCUUUUCAUCCACCACCGAGACCUUAAGCUUUACACAUAUCAACUCCAGCAUCUCGAUGACAAUGAUCCUCCUUUACAGCAGCAAGAAGUCAUGGAACGGGAAGCAAGAGAGCUUGCUAGAAAAGAGAAGCUACAGUUCUGCACUCUGAGUGCGAUAGCGUACAUUACAGAAAAUGGCGCGGAAAGUCUCCCCUGGUAUAGCAACCUCAGUGUUGAGCUUCAAACGCAGAGAGGCGGUAUGAAUGCUACUAUAACUGAGAAAGAUUUGAAGGAAGCCUCGCUCAUUUAUAGGAAAUUGUCAUUGGGCGAUUAG